GACGUCGUUGUAAUUUCGCAAUUAACAAACAUUAGUUUUCCACGACGAAAUCAACGAAAUUGCGAUUUAGGUCCUCGCGGAGACAAGGCAGCAUCGAUCGUGAUGUAAGGACUCGAGAAGAGCGAGCGCCUAUGUCAGACUCUCAAAUCACGGGGAAAGAGGCCAUGUCAGAUCCCCGCAGGCCUUUCUUCUAUCCAGACAGCAGUAGUGACACAGAAGAUUAUAGGAGAGACAACGAGGAAAGACGCAAAAGGUUGUCGAAACGUAACGGUUUGAAUAUUCGUGGUCGCGUUCCAAAUAUGCCGCCAAAAAAUCAGAUCCCUAGUGCGCCUACACCAUCUACGUCCUCGGCACAGGAACCGCCCAGGAAUGGUCAGAAGACACAAAAUCAGCUUUGCGAUGAUAGAAUAACACUUGUUGUGGAUAACACGAGGUUUGUCGUCGAUCCUGCACAGUUCACUGCCCAUCCCAACACCAUGUUAGGAAGGAUGUUUAGUUCUGGGUUAGAGUUCACCCAUCCUAAUGAGCGUGGUGAAUAUGAGGUUGCUGAAGGCAUCUCAGCCACAGUGUUCAGAGCAAUACUGGAUUACUACAGAGGUGGCAGCAUUAGGUGCCCACCGACCGUGUCUGUGCAGGAGUUGAGAGAGGCAUGCGAUUAUCUGCUGGUACCAUUUGAUGCCAACACAGUGCGAUGCCAGAACCUGAGAGGUCUCCUUCACGAGUUAUCUAAUGAAGGCGCGCGUCGUCAGUUUGAGUCGUUCCUGGAGCGGUUGAUACUACCGCUGAUGGUGGAGUCGGCGCGGCGCGGCGACCGCGAGUGUCAUGUUGUUGUCCUGCUCGAUGACGACACGGUAGAGUGGGACGAGGAAUAUCCGCCGCAGAUGGGGGAGGAGUAUAGUCAGACCGUGUUGUCUACGCCGCUCUAUAGGUUCUUCAAGUAUAUAGAGAACAGAGAUGUGGCUAAGCAAGUAAUGAAGGAGAGAGGUCUCAAGAAGAUACGUCUUGGCGUCGAAGGGUAUCCCACAUAUAAGGAAAAGGUACGCAAACGCCCAGGCGGUCGCCCCGAAGUAAUAUAUAACUAUGUACAAAGGCCGUUCAUACAUAUGUCCUGGGAGAAGGAGGAAGCGAAGAGCCGCCACGUAGACUUCCAAUGCUUCAAGAGUAAAUCUGUCACAAACCUGGCUGAGGCUACGGCUGAUCCUGUCAUCGAGCUGGAUAAUAGAAUCCGUGAUGAGGAACCGCAUGACGUUCAAGAUAUUCCACCUGAAGAGGAAGUCCAGUGAUGCCAGAACCGCUCCACGAGAGCGGUCAGAGCUUUGACGCUGUUCUGUUUCUGGUUGUAAUGUUAAACUAGAACAUUUGUCGGGAUAAUUUUUCAUGUGAAACUUUUAGGACCUCUGUCGGAGAUGAAAGGUUAAUGUAUCCAUGUUUUAAUAUAAAUGAUACUGUAUUUUGGUUUUUGAGUUCUUUUGGGAAGGUUUUAAUGUUAAAUUUUGUAGUGAAAUAUAAUGGAGAAUAACAGGAAUAUAUUUUUUAAAAUACUUAAAAUGUCUAGAUACUGAAUAUGAAAUGCUAAUUUGAAUGAAAUACAUUUUUAAGUAAAUUAUUUAAUGUGUCUUUUGAAAAAUAUUUUGUUUUAUUGUACAGAAGUGUUAAUAAAUAUAUUACAUCAGCCAUUGUCCAGCCUGUAAACUUAAUAUAUCUAUUUAUAACAUUAACAUAUUUAUUUGUGAAAUGGAGAAUAAAGUUAAAAUAUGUACAGUAAAUAUAUUAACACUAUAUGACGAUAAUAUUGCUUUCAAAUCAUAUCUCUGUGCAUGUGAUUGCGACAUAUAUGAUAUUGGAGGAACUUGUAAUUUUGUCUAAAAUAUAUAUUUCAUUCAAUUUUAUAGAAACUAAUAACAAAAUCAAAUAAAACUCAAGAAUUCAAGAUAGUCGCUUGGUUAACUAAAGAUUAUGGGCUUAAUAUCAUGUCAGUUUCUGGGACAGAUGAUAUUUUUUUCUAAAAUCUUAUUAGAUGGAGGUCAAAUUAUCCCGAUAAUAUCGAAAUAAUGGUUGUUAAAGAGUAUUGGAACUUUUGUACGAAGUGUUGGUGAAUAUUUUUAUAUAUAAAGGAAACUUUUUUGUAAAACGCUGUUAAUGCCAUGUGUAACUGUUUGAUACGAUAAGCUUUUGUCAGAUGUAUUUACUAUGGAAAUAGUGUAACUGAUGUUUUGGAAAUAAGAUGUACAUUUUUGCUUGGAAACAUAUAUUUUUUGUAGUUUUAGAACUCUUUCAGACAUAUGGGAACUUGCAAAUCAGUGGUCCGUUUCUAGUGGAAAGUUGAAUCUAGGACCUUAUACAGGGUUAUUAGUAAACUGUUAAAUUAAAACCACAACCUGCAUGACUAGAUAGUUAAUAUCAAAGAUAGAUCUUUCUUUCUUACUUAAAUCAGUACGCGAACGUAGCGGUUUGGUUUCGUAAUAAAGCAUAAUAAAUGAAAAUGUUCCGAAAGAAAUAAAAAAUGAUGAAUCAUUAUUUUCUAGUAUCGAUUUAUGUUAAAGCUCAAACUCAUUGCUUUCAUGUCGUUAAAAAAAGGUUUUUAAUAUUACUUGACAUGAGCCCUGAUGAUAUCGUUACAACACUAGAAAUAUUAAAUAAAAUAAUAAUUUAUGUCUGCCAGAUAUCAUAAAUUCAAUUAAUUGGUAAUUGCAAAAAAAUACGUUUUAAUAUUAUAAAGAGUACAAGGGGUGGAAGUCAAUUGUUGAACUCUUAUACCAAAUGUUAUUUUAUGACGUUAGCUUUCUAGUCCUUCGGGUUUGCUUGUGUUUUAUUAAUAACCAUGUAUAUUGAUAAAUAUACUUACAUAAAAUUACUGCAAUGUUUACGUAAAUAAAUAUGAGAAAUGGAUUCCAUAUCCUCAAAUAACGGAUUAGAAUAGAUGCGAUUCCCAUUGUGACUGAUCGAAGUCUUUAAAUUUUAUGUCUAAAUUUUAUUUUGAAACUUGUUUUAAUUUUUCAGCUUUUGAUUGUCUAUUGAUUACUCAAUUCUUCUCUUUUGUUGGCGAGAUUACCGUGUGUCUAAUCGAACUUCAUACAACCAUCCUUUAAUUCAAAUGUAAUGGUCUUAGCUUUCAAUUAAUACUGGGGCUAUUUCACUUAGGAUUGUGUGCCUAAAAUUGCCAUUCUUUGUCAUAUGAAUUUUGACUGGUUACGCGGUACGAUGAAUCGAAAAGGGGCUUGAGAUGCCAAAAUUAUCAAGAAAUUUACACAGUGGAUCUGCUCGAUUGUUCCAAAACAAAACUCUAAAUAUGUUUUGAAUGUUUAGCAACUUUAUCGAAAUCGAGUGCCGUUUAAUUAUUUUAUUUUGAAACAGCCGCGCUGGUCCUGAGUUAAUUGUACACAAUAUUGUAGUAUUUGUAACGAAUAAUAGACCAAAACGAUUUUUAUCUUACCCUCAAUAAUGAUGUCUGCUGUCCAUAAUUUUUCAUGUAAUUUUGAUCAACGCCCUAUAAAUAUUUAUUUCAUGUAACGGAAAAAGAAAUAGUCAAGAAUUUAAAUAAAUAACUUGAAAUUUACUGUUGGUGUUGCAAUAAAAAAGUAUGAACGUUAAGAACGUGUUACAAGCUAAUAGAUAAUAUAUCUUUUAAAAUCAGUGUUCACUAAAUAAUUGAAUGAGGUCCACUUUAGUAUAACGAUAAAAUUUAAACUUUAUUGAUACGACGCAAAGUUCUAUUCACAAUGGAAGUUCGGAGGUUUAUUUUAUAUGUGAUCCGUAUUUAUAUUAAUUGUGAAAAUUGCAGUCAUUUUCAAGAUAGGCAUAAUUGUUAGUACUUAUGUACACAGCAGCAAUUUGUUAUAAAAUCUCCGGAAUUAAGAGUGGAAAAGAGAGCGACAAGUCAUACAAUCCGGCCAUUGUCAAUAGGAUACAGUAUAAUACCAAUUGAUAGAUUAUGCCUAAUAAAUUGCUCAUAUUAAAGUUUAUACAUUUAGCUAUCACAUUCAGUCGACAUUAUGCGAUAAUGCAUAUUUUAAAGAAUUAAUUGAUUCACAUAUAAUGCUAUUUUAAGCUGAAAUUCCAAGUUACAAAUUCAAUUAAUUAUACAUUAAGUAAUCGCUUUUGAAUUGCUUUGAAACUGCUUUUAUGUAAAUGACUUUUUUGAUGUCAGUAAAUUUUUAUAAUUGAUGAUUAAUAGUAAUAAAAUCACAUAUGUUAUUUCAGUGAAAUGAAAACGCACAAGCGACAAAUAUUUAAUUAUUAAAUUAAAAUUGCAGGAGAACCAUGUUUAUUAGAUACACCUGCACAGACGUUCCAUUUUCGGAAGGCACGAAAUAAUUUUAGCUAAUGGUAACCUUCCACGUUUGCGCGCGAACCGUCUUCGUUUGUUAUUGGUCGAUGUACGCACUAUGUUCAUGUGACGUGUCGACAGACGGUAUUAUGAGUGAACCUUAACGUAACGUAUUAAAGUGUAUUUCAGCAAUAUUCGUGCGCUAAUACUCGUGUCGUAUCGCACGUCAGUACUCGUAUUCCUUCACCUUUAGCUUGCUUCGCAGACGAAUAAUGCCGAAUUAUACAAAUGGUAGCACUAUACAUAGACGUCCUAAAAAUGAUGCACAGCCAUGCAACUUUUGGAACCAGAACCCAUGAAAUAUCUAGUGUAUGGAUUCGUAUCAAGAAGCACAAAUGUCUAAUUAAGUUAUUGGAAUUGUUAGUCCCCUAGAUGGCGUUGUGUAUAUAUUAAUAUCUACACAAAUGUCAUGCGUUCGCGUGUUCGAUUCAAAUAGGUUUUAAUUUUUGGUGGUAAUGGUUCAUAUCUAUUUAUUUAUCGUACAGUCACCACAGACACCACAUAAGAUUACUAAAUAAAUGUCAAAUAUCUUCAAUCGAUUAUAUAAUAAACCUUAAUCUGUUGUUAGUUCAGAAUUUAAUACGAAGUUUGAUCUUUUGUAGGAUUCCGUGUGCUGAUAUUAGUGAUAAAAUAUCCAAAUAUUAGAAGGGUUUGUAUUUUAUUAUAAUUGGUAAUAAUCACAAAUGUUUAUUUCUUUUAAUUUUUUCUGCUCGCAUUCAUGUUUUUUAUUGUUGCAAUGUACAAAUCUGCUCACACCUAAUGUAAAAAAAUAGUUUUCAUUUACUUGAAGGAAACAGUAUUUGUUAUAUUAAUGGCAGUUUAAAAUUUAAUUUAAAAAUGAUUUUGUGUAAUUAAAUUUGUCGACCAUAUUCCAAGUUUAUGAUUAUAGAUAUUUAUAUUUAGCUAUACAUUUGUUGUGUUAAAAUAUCAGUAACUAUCUUAUUAUAACAAGUAUCAACAAUAAAAACGU